CUAUUGUGUUGUAACAAUCUUGCUGGAAACCUGAAGGUGUGUCUCUGCCUUUAUAUAGAGCAAGCUGCUUUCAUUACCUAGCUCUGAUUCUUUGGAAAGAGGCAAGUUGCAGCAGGAGCUGUAUUUGGGUAUCUCCAAGCCCUGUGCAAGGAAGAUAAAAAGGAAAACAGGAAUCAUGAGGAUCAAAAGCUUUGGACUUCUUUGUAUGUUGAUUCUGGUCUCCCAGCUGCUACUAGCCAACUGUGAAAGACAGGAGAGCAAAAAGAGAAAACAAGGCAUAGCGAACAGUGGAAAAACCCAAACGGCACCUAACCAGGAAAAUGAAAAAGGGUGUAAGUCAAAAGGAGGAAAAUCAUCUCCUAAAGGGAAGUUUAAAACCAAAGAAAAUGCUGAGUGCAGCUGGGCAGUGACUGACAUGAACACAGCUACUGUGCACAUAGAGUGCAAGCAUAAUGACAGUGGGUUUUGGUGUGAAUUCUCUGGAGAUCCUUGCUCCUGUGCACAGUAUGCAGCAAACCAGAAAUCCUUCUGGAAACAAGUCUCCCGAUCCCUCAAGAAGCAAAAGCAGAUCUGUCAAGAUCCCAAAAGUGUCCUGAAAUCUAAAGUAUGUAAGAAAGGUCCACAAAGUGCUCACCUCAGGUUGACCCACUCAAGCCUACUAACAUCAUCAGGCCCUGCAAAAGGGAACACAAUUCAUCAUGCAGAAGAAGUCAUUCAAACUCCAGCACUUGUCUCAGUGCAAGUGCUUGAGCACAGUCCUGAAGACUGUGUUGAAGACAUAGAUUAUAUUGACCAGAAAAAGGUGGCUGAGCAGUACUGUCCAGAAAGCUUGCUUUCUUUGUGCAACUUUUUUGUCACAAUGAUCCAAGACAAAAAGUGCUGA